AAGUUUUCUCCGAUGAGCACACACUGUCAGUAGCGCUCAUUCCGCCGUUCUGUUAUCUACGAACUAAACAAUGAAUCAUUUAGUAUUGUUUGUGCUAUCAGUGAGUGCCAUGGCUUUUACGUCUAAUGCAUGCCAAUUUGGAAGUGAGGCCAUACAGACGGUCUACGAUAGAUUUGAACUAUUUAGGAAAACGAAAGCAUUCGAUCCAGCUGAUUCGAAAAUUCCAUUGGAACAAUAUCAAUUUUACAACAACGAUGGUGAAAAGAGAUUAGCUGUGAAAAUCGACGGUGUUUAUAUGGUGGAAUAUUAUACAACCGACGACACCGACAAUAAACUACAAACAAAAAAUGGACAAUACCAUGUCAAGGACGGUGUGAUUCUCAAUUAUAAGCGUGACGAGAAUGGUGAAUUUUCAUUUGAUGAUUGGUCGAAUCAAAAGAAAUUUAAGUCAUCACUUCGUAGCAUCGAUGCUGAGCUGCCAAGUGAUUUCGAGGAGGACUACAAACAAGUUUUGGUUGAUUUGAAUGCAAUGAGGAAGAAAAUGUUCGACUACCAAAAUGGUUUAAGUAAGGAAGACUUCGAGCGUGUUCAGUUGUUUGAGUUUACUCCAUUUUCGAGUGGCGAUGGAUUCUAUGCGCAGUAUAUUGAAAGUGAUGGAGGAAGUCUAACGGUUUCGAAGGAAAAUGGAAGCGAUAAUAUUUCGGGACGACUUUCGUGUGAUUACAAGGACCAGAAAUACAACAUUGUCGAUGGCAAGGUUGUUGCCGAUGGGGAACCAUUUGUUCCAGUGUACCAUUAAAUCGAUUGUAUGUGCAAUGAGUUAAUUAAAAAUUCUUCAUAGUCGUUGUUAUUGGAUCGAUAAAAUUGU